AUGAAGUAUGGGACGGCAGCGUCCCUUGCAAUGGUUCUGCUGGCGUACUGGUUCCGACCUCCCGGGGAGUCAAGGCUGGAUGACCGUCUGGACACGGUGCUGUCCUCCCUGCUGCGGGCUGAAAGCAAAGUGGGGAUAAACAACGCCAGACCCAGGGUGGCGAUAGGUGAGAGUCCCGUAUAACCAGCUAGCUAAGCCUAGUUUCAGUUAGUUAGCUCAGUUUAGCCACGUAUAUUAGUAUUAUCUCUGGUUUAGGUAACCUUGCUUUGAUGCGCAGGAGAGGAGGUGCCUUUUGCAUUUUGGAUGGGGUUUUGGAUUGGCAUGAAAGCUAUCCGGUCAAGCAAGCACCACCAUCUUUUUAUGAAACCAUUUUAAAAUAUUGUGUUUGAUGUAGCUUUAGCUAGCUAGUGAGUCAAUUACCAUAAUACUUAGGGAAGUAGCCUAGCUGGAAUGUUUUGUUAUCAUUGACAUUGUCUGUCAGACCCAUUUGUUUCUUACUGUUCUUUGUUACAUUAACUUGCCAAUCCAGUACUGUACUGUAGAUGUAUUGGGGAAACCUAGUUAGUUGUCGUUGGUUUAGGCCUAACUAGUUUUCCAUUAACCAGUGAUGAACAGCUAUCUGUAUGGACUCUCUUUGUGGACCCUGGGGCAACAAGCAUGUGUUAUCUCUGCAUUUAGGCCUAAAACCUCCUUUAGGCAACCUUCCUUUACAGAGGGCGAGAGAGAACCCUGGGGUAUUUGGAGACUACUAAAGGCAUCCAGUCUUUGUAACUGUCACGAGUGUUACCAGUUUUUCCACAUUCUGGCCCCUAAAGCCACUUAACUUAUUCCAGUAUCUACCAACAUACUGACCCACCCAGCUUACUCUGCAGACACAUGGCCAGACUGAGUAAAGGUUGUGGAGAUAUGGACAAGAGUCUUGUAUGUGGCCCUGGGUCCAGAGAGUAAUGUAGAGAUUAGAGACAAGAUCAAAUCACAUUUUAUUGGUCGCAUACACAUAUUUAGCAGAUGUUAUUGCGGGUGUAGCGAAAUGCUUGUGUUCUUAGCUCCAACACUGCAGUAAUAUCUAUAUAACAACAAUACACACAAAUCUAAAAGUAAAAUAAUGGAAUAAAUAAAUAAAUAUUAGGAUGAGCAAUGUUGGAGUCCGGAGUAUAAGUGUGUGUUGGGAUGUAUAGACAUUAUGGACAGUGUGGAUAGAAUAUGUACUAUGUCUGUAGAAUACGUAGGAUAGAAUAGUAUAUGUACAGCAAUAGUAGAAUAGGAUGGCAUUGACUAGAAUACAUUAUUAUACAUAUGAAAUGACUAGAACAGUAUGUAAGCAUUAUUAAAGUGACCAGUGUUCCAUGUCUAUGUACAUAGGGCAGCAGCCUCUAAGGUGCAGGGUUGCGUAACAGGGUGGUAGCCGGCUAGUGACAGUGACUAAGUUUAGGGCAGGGUACUGGGUGGAGGCCGGCUAGUGAUGGCCAUUUAACAGUCUGAUGGCCUUUGAGAUAGAAGCUGUUUUUCAGUCUCUCUGUCCCAGCUUUGAUGCACCUGUACUGACCUCGCCUUCUGGGUGAUAGUGGGGUGAACAGGCCAUGGCUCGGGUGGCUGAGGUCCUUGAUGAUCUUUUUGGCCUUCCUGUAACACCGGGUGCUGUAGAUGUCCUGGAGGGCAGGCAGUGUUCCCCCUGUGAUUUAUUGGGAAGAACGCACCACCCUCUGGAGAGCACUGCUGUUGCGGAUGGUGCAGUUGCCAUACCAGGCGGUGAUACGGCCCGUCAGGAUGCUCUCAAUGGUGCAUCUGUAAAAGGAAGGCGCUGUUGCGUACCCAUUUAUAUGGCUCCGGGGUUGUUCAUUAGGCACCAAAUGGUAGAAAACUGACUGAAACGGGGAGAGACUACCCAAAUUUGUCCAAUAGGAAACUCUAGUUUUAAUUGCGAAAUUUUGUCCCUUGCGAAAUGAUUUGCUACGCUGUGUACUAAUGAAUCGGUGUGGGAAUGAAUGGGGGGAAAUCAACUCUUUGUGAGGAUUCUUUUUUUUUUUUUUUGUAGUUUCCUUUAUUUCCUUCUUUUCCUUUUAUUAUUUUCCAGUGUGGGUGGACCAUUUCAGAUUGUCAGUGAUGUGUACGCCAAGGAACUUGAAGCUUUUCAUCUUCUCCACUGCGGUCCCAUCUAUGUGGAUGGGGGCGUGCUCCCUCUGCUGUCUCCUGAAGUCCACGAUCAGCUCCUUCAUUUUGUUGACAUUGAGGGCGAGGUUGUUUUCCUGGCACCACUCUGCCAGGGCAUUCACCUCCUCCCUGUGGGCUGUCUCGUUGUUGUUGGUAAUCAGGCCUACCACUGUUGUAUCGUCUGCAAGCUUGAUGAUUUGAGUUGGAGGCGUGCGAGGCCAUAGUCAUAGGUGAACAGGGAGUACAGGAGGGGGCUGAGCAUGCAAACUUGUGGGGCCUCUGUUUUGAGGAUCAACGUACUGGAGGUGUUGUUUCCUACCUUCACCACCUGGGGGCGGCCCUGAGCUUAAUGUUGAGCUUGGAGGGUACUAUGGUAUUGAAAGCUGAGCUGUAGUCAAUGAGCAGCAUUCUUACAUAGGUAAUGCUCUUGUCCAGAUGGGAUAGGGCAGUCAAACACAAAUGGUGGACCGCGGUCCGUAUCCGGACCCAGCAAAGGGACAAUACGGACCGAACAGCACCAAAAUAUAUCAAAGUCAGUAAAUUAAUUUCAGACAGCUUUUAAACAUGAUUGACCGGGCGCAGUUUCCCAAGUGCAGCGUAGCCUCUCUCCGUCUCUAGCAGUGGUGAAGAAACACCAGGCUGGGGCCGCAUCCUAUCCAAUCGGAUGCAUUUAUGCAAAUUAGUCUCAUCCAAUCGCAUAAAUAUAUGCAAAUAUUUUCAACAGUGAAAGAUUGCGUUGGGACUGGGAGCAAGCAGCAGGCAGACACACAUGGAAAUAUGUCCAUCGAUAGACAUUGUGAAUGUGAGGAUGGCUUGUUCAAAGAAAAUAAAAGUUGCUAGUGAAAAUCGCAUUUUCAAAGACGAGUGGACAGACAAGUACGCAUUCAUUCUCCCCACAACAAGUUCAGAACCAAUGUGCCUGAUAUGCUCAGAGUCCGUAGCGCUUUAUGAAAAGUGCCAAUGUGAAGCGCCACUAUGACACAAAACACAGCUAUUUAGAGCAAACGUAUCCCCAAAACAGGUGAGAACGAGAAAUAUCUAUCCGCUCAAAGCCCAAUAUGCGAGGUCCACAAGUUCUUGUGCAUUCCCAGACAUCCCAAGAACGUGCAAUGGAGUGCUCACUAAGAAUAGCUGGUUACAACAGGGGAUCAGAGUGUUUGUGUCUCAGGUGAAGAGGGUGGAUCUGAUCUCCAUCACCUAGGACUUAGAUUAAGUAGAUUAAUCAAAUCUCACAUUGUUGUCAAUUUCUGCUCAAUCUGCAUGCUUUCUCAAUCAGCUUUAACUGUAUGUGCACUUGUAAAUCAGGUUCUUUCUUGAGUUGGGCUCUGGGAUAUACAGUGGGGGGAAAAAGUAUUUAGUCAGCCACCAAUUGUGCAAGUUCUCCCACUUAAAAAGAUGAGAGAGGCCUGUAAUUUUCAUUAUAGGUACACGUCAACUAUGACAGACAAAAUGAGGAAAAAAAAUCUAGAAGAUCACAUUGUAGGAUUUUAAAUGAAUUUAUUUGCAAAUUAUGGUGGAAAAUAAGUAUUUGGUCAAUAACAAAAGUUUCUCAAUACUUUGUUAUAUACCCUUUGAAUGUUGACAUUCACAUUGAAUGUUCCUGAGUGGCCUAGUUAUCGUUUUGACUUAAAAUCGGCUUGAAAAUCUAUGGCAAGACAUGAAAAUGGCUGCCUAGCAAUAAUCAACAACCAACUUGACAGAGCUUGAAGAAUUUUUUUAGUAAUAAUGUGCAAAUAUUGUAGAAUCCAGGUGUGCAAAGCUCUUAGAGAUUUACCCAGAAAGACUCACAGCUAUAAUCUCUGCCAAAGGUGAAUUUAACAUGUAUUGACUCAGAGGAUUGAGCAAGUGAUGGUGAAAAAUAAGCAAAAAGGAGAGAGACGGAUACAGAAAGAAGAAGUUCUUCGAGUCAGCUAUCAGCCUCCCUCCAUCUCUCUCUCUGCCUUUUUAUUUUUCAUCCAUUCAUCCCAUCUUGCUGUAUUGACGAAGGGACCUCUUUAUAUGGUAAUGCCUUUCCCACCUGAGAGUCAUGAAGAGCACAUUAACGCUGACACACACACAGGCGUGAAGAGCACAUUAACGCUGACUGAGAUAUGUAUGCAUCUCACAUGUCAUAUGUCGCUGCAACGGAGGGUGACACGGUUACGAGAGCGAUGCUGUAUGUGUGGGUGAUUCUCAUGAAACCAGUUUUAGCAAUUUGAGUUGCUAAACCAUGAUGCAUCUGAAAGGAUCAACUACAGUGUCAUUCUGAGGACUAAGAUGUCUCGUUUUUGGCAAAGUGUCUUAUUUUAAAUACAUUUCACAUUUUCACCUGAAUUUUGUUCAUUUCCAUCCCAAAUUCUCAUUACCAAAAUGCAUCCAAAUUAAAUUAUUGGGUCAUUUUAUACAUUACAAAUACAGUCGGGGGGAAAAGUAUUUAGUCAGCCACCAAUUGUGACACAUUGUUUGUUCGUAAUACAUAUUAUAGUUUAAUGUAAACUUCAACUAGUAUACCAUUUUUCUGAUUUAUGGACAAACUACGACAGCAACAUACAGUGGGGGAAAAAAAGUAUUUAGUCAGCCACCAAUUGUGCAAGUUCUCCCACUUAAAAAGAUGAGAGAGGCCUGUAAUUUUCAUCAUAGGUACACGUCAACUAUGACAGACAAAAGGAGAAAAAAAAUCCAGAAAAUCACAUUGUAGGAUUUUAAAUGAAUUUAUUUGCAAAUUAUGGUGGAAAAUAAGUAUUUGGUCAAUAACAAAAGUUUCUCAAUACUUUGUUAUAUAGCCUUUGUUGGCAAUGACACAGGUCAAAUGUUUUCUGUAAGUCUUCACAAGGUUUUCACACACUGUUGCUGGUAUUUUGGCCCAUUCCUCCAUGCAGAUCUCCUCUAGAGCAGUGAUGUUUUGGGGCUGUCGCUGGGCAACACGGACUUUCAACUCCCUCCAAAUAUUUUCUAUGGGGUUGAGAUCUGGAGACUGGCUAGGCCACUCCAGGACCUUGAAAUGCUUCUUACGAAGCCACUCCUUCGUUGCCCGGGCGGUGUGUUUGGGAUCAUUGUCAUGCUGAAAGACCCAGCCACGUUUCAUCUUCAAUGCCCUUGCUGAUGGAAGGAGGUUUUCACUAAAAAUCUCACGAUACAUGGCCCCAUUCAUUCUUUCCUUUACACGGAUCAGUCGUCCUGGUCCCUUUGCAGAAAAACAGCCCAAAAGCAUGAUGUUUCCACCCCAUGCUUCACAGUAGGUAUGGUGUUCUUUGGAUGCAACUCAGCAUUCUUUGUCCUCCAAACACGACGAGUUGAGUUUUUACCAAAAAUUUAUAUUUUGGUUUCAUCUGACCAUAUUACAUUCUCCCAAUCCUCUUCUGGAUCAUCCAAAUGCACUCUAGCAAACUUCAGACGGGCCUGGACAUGUACUGGCUUAAGCAGGGGGACACAUCUGGCACUGCAGGAUUUGAGUCCCUGGCUGCGUAGUGUGUUACUGAUGGUAGGCUUUGUUUCUUUGGUCCCAGCUCUCUGCAGGUCAUUCACUAGGUCCCCCCGUGUGGUUCUGGGAUUUUUGCUCACCGUUCUUGUGAUCAUUUUGACCCCACGGGGUGAGAUCUUGCGUGGAGCCCCAGAUCGAGGGAGAUUAUCAGUGGUCUUGUAUGUCUUCCAUUUCCUAAUAAUUGCUCCCACAGUUGAUUUCUUCAAACCAAGCUGCUUACCUAUUGCAGAUUCAGUCUUCCCAGCCUGGUGCAGGUCUACAAUUUUGUUUCUGGUGUCCUUUGACAGCUCUUUUGUCUUGGCCAAAGUGGAGUUUGGAGUGUGACUGUUUGAGGUUGUGGACAGGUGUCUUUUAUACUGAUAACAAGUUCAAACAGGUGCCAUUAAUACAGGUAACGAGUGGAGGACAGAGGAGCCUCUUAAAGAAGUUACAGGUCUGUGAGAGCCAGAAAUCUUGCUUGUUUGUAGGUGACCAAAUACUUAUUUUCCACCAUAAUUUGCAAAUAAAUUCAUUAAAAAUACUACAAUGUGAUUUUCUGGAUGAUUUUUUCUCAAUUUGUCUGUCAUAUUUGACGUGUACCUAUGAUGAAAAUUACAGGCCUCUCUCAUCUUUUUAAGUGGGAGAACUUGCACAAUUGGUGGCUGACUAAAUACUUUUUUCCCCCACUGUAACAGCCGUUGAGUAUCUGAUUUUAUGGUGGAUUGUGGAGGAGGGGGGUUGAGUGUGUUGGAGUUUGUGAGUAUGUGCGUGUGUGUUUGUCUGGCAUCUGUUGUGGGGAUGUUGGGGGAGGGGGGGUAUGGGAUGGACCACGGGAAUUAUUUCCUAGGAUAAUAAUUGCUUGUCAAUAAAUUAAAUGUAAUACAAUGGCUAUCCGGGUUAUAUGUUAAAAUCCUACGCAUGAACUGACGACAUUAUUACGCAUAUUAAUUAAUAAUGAUGGAAAAUAGGAUAUGAAUUUUUUUUUUUUAAUAGUUAUAUAUACAGUGGGGAGAACAAGUAUUUGAUACACUGCCGAUUUUGCAGGUUUUCCUACUUACAAAGCAUGUAGAGGUCUGUAAUUUUUUUAAUCAUAGGUACACUUCAACUGUGAGAGACGGAAUCUAAAACAAAAAUCCAGAAAAUCACAUUGUAUGAUUUUUAAGUAAUUAAUUUGCAUUGUAUUGCAUGACAUAAGUAUUUGACCACCUACCAACCAGUAAGAAUUCCGGCUCUCACAGACCUGUUAGUUUUUCUUUAAGAAGCCCUCCUGUUCUCCACUCAUUACCUGUAUUAACUGCACCUGUUUGAACUCGUUACCUGUAUAAAAGACACUUGUCCACACACUCAAUCAAACAGACUCUAACCUCUCCACAAUGGCCAAGACCAGAGAGCUGUGUAAGGACAUCAGGGAUAAAAUUGUAGACCUGCACAAGGCUGGGAUGGGCUACAGGACAAUAGGCAAGCAGCUUGGUGAGAAGGCAACAACUGUUGCCGCAAUUAUUAGAAAAUGGAAGAAGUUCAAGAUGACGGUCAAUCACCCUCGGUCUGGGGCUCCAUGCAAGAUCUCACCUCGUGGGGCAUCAAUGAUCAUGAGGAAGGUGAGGGAUCAGCCCAGAACUACACGGCAGGACCUGGUCAAUGACCUGAAGAGAGCUGGUACCACAGUCUCAAAGAAAACCAUUAGUAACACAUUAUGCCGUCAUGGAUUAAAAUCCUGCAGCGCACGCAAGGUCCCCCUGCUCAAGCCAGCAUAUGUCCAGGCCCGUCUGAAGUUUGCCAAUGACCAUCUGGAUGAUCCAGAGGAGGAAUGGGAGAAGGUCAUGUGGUCUGAUGAAACAAAAAUAUAGCUUUUUGGUCUAAACUGCACUUGCCGUGUUUGGAGGAAGAAGGAUGAGUACAACCCCAAGAACACCAUCCCAACCGUGAAGCAUGGAGGUGGAAACAUCAUUCUUUGGGGAUGCUUUUCUGCAAAGGGGACAGGACGACUGCACCGUAUUGAGGGGAGGAUGGAUGGGGCCAUGUAUCGCGAGAUCUUGGCCUACAACCUCCUUCCCUCAGUAAGAGCAUUGAAGAUGGGUCGUGGCUGGGUCUUCCAGCAUGACAACGACCCGAAACACACAGCCAGGGCAACUAAGGAGUGGCUCCGUAAGAAGCAUCUCAAGGUCCUGGAGUGGCCUAGCCAGUCUCCAGACCUGAACCCAAUAGAACAUCUUUGGAGGGAGCUGAAAGUCCGUAUUGCCCACGACAGACCCGAAACCUGAAGGAUCUGGAGAAGGUCUGUAUGGAGGAGUGGGCCAAAAUCCCUGCUGCAGUGUGUGCCAUGAGAGGCCUGUAAUCAUCAUUAUCAUAGGUACACGUCAACUAUGACAGACAAAUUGAGAAAAAAAAAUCCUGAAAAUCACAUUGUAGGAUUUUUAAUGAAUUUAUUUGCAAAUUAUGGUGGAAAAUAAGUAUUUGGUCACCUACAAACAAGCAAGAUUUCUGGCUCUCACAGACCUGGAACUUCUUCUUUAAGAGGCUCCUCUGUCCUCCACUCGUUACCUGUAUUAAUGGCACCUGUUUGAACUUGUUAUCAGUAUAAAAGACACCUGUCCACAACCUCAAACAGUCACACUCCAAACUCCACUAUGGCCAAGACCAAAGAGCUGUCAAAGGACACCAGAAACAAAAUUGUAGACCUGCACCAGGCUGGGAAGACUGAAUCUGCAAUAGGUAAGCAGCUUGGUUUGAAGAAAUCAACUGUGGGAGCAAUUAUUAGGAAAUGGAAGACAUACAAGACCACUGAUGAUAGAUGAAUUUGUGUAUUAAAAAUAAUGACUAAAGAAUUUCACCCCAAACACAGUAUAAAUGUUAGAAUUAUCAUGUAGUGUCAACCCACUAACAGAGGGGGCGUUACUAACCAUUCAAGGGGGAAGGCGGGAACUGUUUAAGAAAGGUGGAAGGAGCAUAGUGUCUUUGUUUGUCAAGGAGUAUAAAAAACAGGUUAUUUGUGUUUUUGAGCAGAGCUCUCCUUAAAUAAAAUUUACUGAUAAUUACUUGUGGAUUGUGGACCUUGAAUCAUUGAUGAUUAAAACCAGAGCUUUACAACCUCUGGUAAUGAUUCAAGCUUAGGUUGAAUUAGAGAUAAAAAUUCACGUGACAGAUUGGUCCUUCGAGCCGGAUCUUAAUACAUCUUUAUCGUUCUAGAGACACCGAAAUCCGUGCACGGCCGGGUGAUCGCAUCCGUGAGAGAGUCCUGGCCUUCCACGUUAAGGUUAAUAAACAGGCCGGUGAUUACUCUUUAUGAACGAUAAAGACGUUAACAAGUUUGAAAAAGCAUUUUAAUCCAGACUGCAAGGAAAAGGUCAGUAAUUUUUAUUCAUGGAUUUUGGUAAAAUGAGUUGAACUUAGUUACCAAAGUCAAAGAAGGUAAUAAUUAUUACGACAGGGAGGGUCCGCAAUUGAUCCUAGAGGUAAAUAGCUAUUACAAAAAAAAACUAGUCCGAAAUGACAUGGUAGUGAAUUGCAAUCACAAAUGUAAACUAAGUUAAUAUUGUCAUUGUACGAAUUGCAGUAUGACAGUAUAAACAGGGAAAUAAUUAUCAUCGUGUGAGAGGGAUGUGUCAGGAGUUCUAUAUGCGACUGGGCAUUUGCUAGAACUGUGCAAACAAGUUUAACAGAUGAUAAGGUCGUAUGUGUGUGAGACUUAAUCCCUCGGGAGACGUGAUCAUUAUUUCAGGGGUGGAGGGAAAAAAAUAAGUCGCGUGAGGAAAAUUGGGUAACUUACUCUUUUCAUGAAACCGGAGUUUUAAAUAGAAACUCUGGGUUAGGGGUUAAAUAAUUUUAAAGGGUUAAUUACAAAAGCAAGAGGCGCACUAAGAGAUUGGCUCCUACGGAAAUAAUUCGGGAGUGAAUUAUUUAAAAAACAAAAAGGGGGGGAGGGAUUUCUUAUUGUUCCACGAUGGGAAAGACAUCUUCUAAACAAGUCCGAGAAUUAACGGGAGAUGAAAGAUAUAUGUUAGGGAGGGAUCGGAGAAAUAUGUUUUAUGGGUCCAUUUGGGAGAAGAGGUAUGGAUUUAUUGGGCAUCUCGAUGUUGCAAAGUUAGAAAAUAUGAUUACGCAAAUGCAUAUCAAAUGUUAAAAAACAGCGAGCGGAGGGGCUAGAGACAGCGAGGGUAUGGCUUUUUGAAGCGCGAAGGAGAGAGGAAGGAGAAAAGAGGAAGAAGUUAGAGAUGGAGAGAGAAAGGGAUAUACAGAAAAAGGACGUUUCAGGACCUCCCCCACAGCAAAGAGCAGAGAGGUUAUAUCCAGAGUUGGUAGAGCAAGCUUGGAAAGAAAGCCCAGAUGACACCGUUGUCAUGUGUAAAAGAAGAUUAGGGGUGAUCCCCGUCCUUCCCCCACCAUAUGACGGCCAAGCCGGAAUGUUGGAAGGGCGGGAAGACGGGGGGGCAGAGUAAAGAGGCCAGUGAAGAGAACAAAGAGGGGGAAGUUUUACAACAGGAGGUAGUCAGGUUAAGAAUAGAAUUGGAUAGGGAGAAAGAGGCAGGGAAAGCUAGAGAAAGUAAACACAGAGAGUUUAAGAACAGGGAGUUAAAAAGAUUAGAAAACUACAAUAAGCCAGGGAAGAAAGAGUGGGUAGAUGAUGACACAGGGGAUGACCAGUACCCUUUGAUAGCCUUGCCGAACCCAAGGGCUGGGGAGGAGCAUGCACCAGACACACUGGAUGUAUAUAGGGCAUGGACACAGCGAGAUGUAGUGAGAGCUAUAGAGGGUGUAGUGCACCCUAAGACAGGAAUAGAGGGGUUCAGGAGGGAUUUGGAGAGUCUAGCAGCAAGCUUUAAGCUAAACACAGGGGAAAUUGAAAGGGCAGUCAGAACCCUAGUUGGGAAAGAUUGGGCAGCUGUUCGGGGGCAGUGGGUUUCAGGGGAUGCCAAUGGAGCAGUCCUACCAUGGGCAGAUGAUGGGCAAUAUGUUGGGAAAAUAACUGAAUUGUGUAAUAAUUUAAGGGAAUAUUACCAUCGACAUGCUGACUUCUCCAAAGUACAUGAAUGUAAACAGGAAGACAGUGAGACCAUCAGCCAAUACUUAGAGAGACUGAGAAAUGUAUUUAACGCAAAUAGUGGGAUACCUGAGCCUCCCCAAGGGCAAGGGAAUGAUACUCCGUACCAUCAACAGUUAAAAAUAGCAUUCCUUAGUGGAAUGAGACCAGAAAUAAGCAGGAAUAUUAAGAGAACUUUAGUGGGAUGGGGAACUACAUCGUUAGCCGAGGUCAGGAGAUAUGCAAUCCAUCAUGAGCAGAAUAGUAGACAGGAUAGAGUAAAAAGGGAACAAAAGGGAGCAGAGUAUUUAAUUGCUACUCUGGGGGAGAUAGCUGGGAGAAAUAGAACUCCAGAAGAGGGGGGAGCGAGGCUUCGCUCUUUCCUGCCCUAUGGGAAAGGAAGUAGGUGCUUUAACUGUGACAAAGAAGGACACUUUGUAAGGGAGUGUGAGGGGCCGUGUAAAUACUGUAACGAGCCAGGUCAUAACUAUCGCGGCUGCAGCAAUAAAAGAAGAGGCAAGCAAAAUAAUAGGGGGGGAAAAGAGAAAGGGCCUACAAACACCCACCACCCAGUUCCGGUAGGGAGGAAGAGGAAGAUGAGGCAUGACUAGAGCAAGGGGAAGAUACUAAGACAGAUAGUGAAGGAGAGGGGUCAGAGGAUACCAUUGAUACGGGGUGUGAAGUGUUUGAAUUGGAAACGAUUGAAUUGGCUCUGCAGCAAGAACAGAAACCAUACCUCACCUUAACAAUAUUGGGAAAAAAUAUUAAAUUCUUGUGUGACACAGGGGCAUGUCGCACAGCGAUCUGUGUAGCCGACAUACCCAAAGGAAUUAGAAUUAAUGGGGAAAAAAUCAUGGUACGCUCGGCCUCGGGCCAUCAAUUUAUAGAGCGAUUAUCGGCCCCGGUGACUUUAAAACAUGAAGAUUCAGGGGGAGAGGUAUGCAUACCUGUACUUGUAUCAAGCCUGUGUCCGGUCAAUUUGCUAGGAAGGGAUGCCAUGACUCAGUUGAACGUAGCUGUAAAGCCAACGCUAAGGGGUAUGAAGGCAUAUGUCGUAAGAGAUAAUAUGGUAUUGAGCGGGGAGGGAAAACCAUGCUAUUGGUAUAGCCAGGAUCUGCUAAGAGGGGGACUCACAGACAUACCGAAAUCACUAAUGGACCUGAGUAAUGAGUUAGUGAUUGGAUCAACCAAGAUGACGGUAGAUGACUUACACUGUACAUUAUGGUGUAAUGAGCACCCAGGCCCUAACCCAGAUUAUGAGGAAGAAUUGUUAAAAACCACAGAAAAAACAAUUGGGUUAAAAUGGGUUCACUAUGAUAAAAAACGGGCAGCUGUAGAGGUGGAGUUAGGACCACAAAGCCAGAGACUGUACAGAGAAAGGUGGAGCCCCCAUGUUUCCCUAGUGAAAGAACCUUCAGAGGAAUGGUUAUCACUAGGUAAAUGGAUAAAACAGGGGAAAAAACAUCACUGACUGGCAAAAUACACCAAAUGGGGAUCAGUAUAGCCACUCCACUGGGAGAUAUAGAAGAAAAUUGAAUUGGAGAGCAAAAACCCAGCCCGGAGUCCACCUGGAGACAAAUUUUAACGGAUGACAGGAAGAGAUUUUCUUAACUCAGGAACAGGAGGAUGAGUUAGCAGCAAUUCCAUUCAAAUUAUGGUCACAAGGACCAGCCGAUGUGGGACUAAUUAAGGGGGUAGCUCCAGUACAAGUGAUUCCUCGAUCCGAUCAUAGACCAUACCAAAAGCAAUACCCUAUGAAACCAGAAGCAAUAAAAGGGAUAACACCUACAUUUGAGCAUUUACUUAAGGGAGGGGUGAUAAUUCCUGGAGACGAGGCACAAUGUAACUCUCCAGUAUUUCCUGUUAAAAAGGCAGGCACCUAGCGCCGACUGGAGGAUGGUAAUGGACUUGCAGGGGGUUAAUAGAAAUAUCAUUCCCAGAGCUCCAUGUGUACCAGACCCACAUACAUUGCUGAACCAAUUGAAACCAGAAAACUCCUAUUUUACAGUGAUAGAUUUAGCUAAUGCUUUCUUUAGUAUCCCAGUUCAUCCGGAUAGUCAGGGGUGGUUUGGCUUUACUUUUCAGGGAAGGAAAUGGACAUACGCUAGGAUGCCUCAGGGCUACUCGGAAAGUCCUACAAUCUUUGCCCAGGCUAUAACUAGGAAUUUGGGAAAGUUUGAACCUCAGGAGGGAAGCCAAAUGUUAGUUUAUGUAGAUGAUAUUCUAUUGGCUAAUCCCACUCAGGAGGGAUGUAAGAGGGAUACAAUCCAAUUGUUAACCUUCCUGGCAGAACAGGGACACAAAGUGAGCAAAAAGAAACUUCAACUUUGGCAGAGCGAGGUGAUUUACCUAGGACACGCUAUAACUCAGGAAGGGCGAAUGUUAAACUCAUCCAGGAAAACUGCUAUACUUGAAGCGCCAAAACCAUUGAACAAAAAACAAAUGAUGAGCUUUUUGGGGAUGAUAAACUACUGUAGAGCUUGGGUACCGCAUUAUGCACUGCAUACUGGGAAGUUAAGUGAUCUUAUCUAUGGGAAGGCAAUGGCAGCCCAUGAUAAAAUCAUUUGGAACUCUGAGGCGGAGGAACAAUUUAUAGAGAUAAAAAAGUUGCUCACUUCCCAAACAGCCUUAGCUUUUCCUAGAUAUGACAGGCCUUUUACCCAGACGGUAGAUUGUAGGGAGGGAUAUAUGACAUCGGUUUUGACUCAAAAACAUGGGGAUAAGAACAAACCCAUUGCAUAUUAUUCAUCUAAAUUAGACCAGGUAGCACAAGCAAUGCCACUAUGUUUACAAUCAGUGGUAGCUGCAGCUCAGGCAGUGCAAGAUUCGGCAUCAAUAGUUUUGUACCACGAUUUAACACUAAAGGUUCCGCAUGCAGUAUCCAUACUGUUGUUGGAGCAUAAAAUGGCCUAUAUGUCACCUGCUAGACAUUUAUCUUGUAUGAUAAUCCUGUUAAAUAUGCCUAAUUUGACCAUUGAACGGUGUACAACUCUAAACCCCUCUACUCUAGUUCCUAUUGCGACAGAUGGCAGCCCACAUGAUUGUAUAACUGAAACUGAGAAACUUGUGUUGCCAAGACCUGACUUAAAAGACCUAGCCUUAGUGGAUGGGGAAGUGACUAUGUUUGUUGAUGGUUCAUCUAGAAAAAACCCUGAUGGUACGAAUGCUACAGGAUAUGCAGUUGUAACAGAGACUGACGUCUUGGAAGCUGAAUCAUUACCUAGAAAUUAUUCUGCACAACAGGCAGAGAUAGUGGCUCUCACUCGGGCAUGUCAUUUGGGUAAAGGGAAAAAGGUUACUAUUUACACCGAUAGUGCCUAUGCAUUUAAUACAGUACACGUAUUUGCUGCACAAUGGAGAAACAGGGGAAUGGUAACCACUUCUGGCAAAACCAUUACACAUGCCCAGUUAAUUUUGAAUCUUUUAGAUGCUGUACUCCUACCAGAGAAGUUAGCUAUAUGUAAAUGUGAUGCUCACACUAAAGGUGUAGAUAGCAUAAGCAACGGCAACAGAAAGGCAGAUGAGGAAGCGAAAAAGGCAGGUGUCAAACCACAAUCACCCACAUACUUACAUCUAAAAGAGGAGGUAGACAUUGAUAAAGCAUUACUGAUAGACAGCCAGUUAAGAGCACCGAUGAAGGAAGUGAGUAGAUGGGAGAAAAUGGGAGCAGUCAAGAAGGGGGAAAUGUGGCAUCAAGGUAAUUUACCUAUAUUACCAAAAUCUCUGUUUAGAUAUGCAGCUAUUUUGAUACAUGGACAAAGUCACGUAUCAACCGGGGGAAUGGUGGAAAUAAUUAGAAAGCACUUUGUAGCGUACGGGAUAACAAAUUACUUUAAAAAAUUUUGUUCUAGGUGUGUUAUAUGUGCACAAAGUAAUCAUCAAGGAAAGCAGAGAGCACCAAAAGGGGAAUUUCCCCAGGCCAGAUAUCCAUUCCAACAGUUGGAAAUGGAUUUUAUAGAACUUACAAGAAGUGAAGGGAAAAAAUGGUGUUUGACUGUGAUAGACAAGUAUACCAAAUGGGUAGAAGUCUUUCCAACCUCCUCCGCUGAUGCAUUCACAGUAGCUAAAGCUUUAUGUCAGGAAAUAAUCCCUCGGUUCGGAUUGCCAGAAACUAUUUAUUCCGACAAUGGGUCUCACUUCUCCAACCAGGUAAUAGAUAAUAUUGGACAGAAGUUACAUAUUAAUAUGAAAAAACAUUGUUCAUAUCAUCCGGAAUCAGCAGGUUUGAUUGAACGCACUAAUUCGACGAUUAAAUCACGUUUAAGAAAAACGCACAUGAGUACAGGAAGAAAUUGGGUACAAUGUCUACCAAUAGUAUUAAUGACGAUAAGGGUAACACCGGAUAAAGAUGGGUUAUCCCCCUUUGAAAAAGUGUUUGGGAGAUAAUUAAUGUGACUGAUUUAGAUAAGGAAGGAAGGAAAAAAAUUAGGAACCUAACCAUCCCUCUGACUGAUGUGUGGUGGGCAUGCACAAAAAAAGGGAGUAUUCGGCAGACAUUACCAGAGGGAUGGGUGGGUACUUGUGCACCAGUGUUGUUGGUCCAGCCUGUAAGAAUUAGUCAUCAAAGACCAGUGACAGGAAGAAGAAUCAGAAGGAAAAGGAAUAUAGGUCAGGAAGGAAAUAGCCCCAUUUGGAUAGAUGGUAUAGGCAUCCCCAGGGGUGUUCCAGAUGAAUACAAAGCUAUGAAUCAGAUAUGGGAGGGGUUCACCACAACAUUUUUCUGGUGGGUGACAAUAAACAAAAAUGUGGAUUGGAUUAAUUAUAUCUAUUACAACCAACAACGAUUUAUUAACCAGACUAGAGAUGCAGUAAAGGGGAUCUCCGAGCAAUUAUCGGCCACCUCACUUAUGACCUGGGAAAAUCGGUUAGCUCUGGAUAUGUUGCUGGCAGAAAGGGGUGGAGUCUGUAAAAUGGUGGGGGGCCAUUGUUGCACAUUUAUCCCUAACAACACCGCACCGGAGGGGACGGUGACCAGAGCUCUUGCAGGAUUAACUGCGCUAAGUAAAGAAUGGGCUGAAAACUCAGGAAUUAGUACAUCUUGGACAGGAUGGUUUGAUACCAUGUUUGGUAAAUGGAAAACCAUAGCAGCAACCAUCUUAGGGGCAGUCAGUGUUUGUAUGGGAAUUCUUGUAUUAUGUGGUUGUUGUCUUGUUCCCUGUGUCCGAGGAUUGGUGAGCAAGGCGUUGGUGAAUGCAGUAUCUCACCAAAUGAUAAGAGAUGGACCGACUCCGGACUCUGACCAGGAGAGCGGGAAAUACGAUCCUCCAGGCUUGGGGGAUAACGACGACUUUGACCCUGAAAGACCGCAAUUGGAUGAAACGUUUAUUGAUUCUGAUGUAUGAAGGUCAUAGGGAAAAUCCUAAAAAGAAGACCUAUGAUUGGAUGUAGAUAAAUAUAACUGAUCUCUGAGAUUAAACAUGUUUGUAAAUACAUUUAUCCUGAAGAUGAAACCAUUUAGUCAAAAGGGUGGAUUGAUAGAUGAAUUUGUGUAUUAAAAAUAAUGACUAAAGAAUUUCACCCCAAACACAGUAUAAAUGUUAGAAUUAUCAUGUAGUGUCAACCCACUAACAGAGGGGGCGUUACUAACCAUUCAAGGGGGAAGGCGGGAACUGUUUAAGAAAGGUGGGAGGAGCAUAGUGUCUUUGUUUGUCAAGGAGUAUAAAAAACAGGUUAUUUGUGUUUUUGAGCAGAGCUCUCCUUAAAUAAAAUUUACUGAUGAUUACUUGUGGAUUGUGGACCUUGAAUCAUUGAUGAUUAAAACCAGAGCUUUACAACCUCUGGUAAUGAUUCAAGCUUAGGUUGAAUUAGAGAUAAAAAUUCACGUGACAACUGAUAAUCUCCCUCGAUCUGUGGCUCCACGCAAGACCUCACCCCAUGGGGUCAAAAUGAUCACAAGAAUGGUGAGCAAAAAUCCCAGAACCACACGGGGGGACCUAGUGAAUGACCUGCAGAGAGCUGGGACCAAAGUAACAAAGCCUACCAUCAGUAACACACUACGCUGCCAGGGACUCAAAUCCUGCAGUGCCAGAUGUGUCCCCCUGCUUAAGCCAGUACAUGUCCAGGCCCGUCUGAAGUUUGCUAGAGUGCAUUUGGAUGAUCCAGAAGAGGAUUGGGAGAAUGUCAUAUGGUCAGAUGAAACCAAAAUAGAAAUUUUUGGUAAAAACUCAACUCGUCGUGUUUGGAGGACAAAGAAUGCUGAGUUGCAUCCAAAGAACACCAUACCUACUGUGAAGCAUGGGGGUGGAAACAUCAUGCUUUGGGGCUGUUUUUCUGCAAAGGGACCAGGACGACUGAUCCGUGUAAAGGAAAGAAUGAAUGGGGCCAUGUAUCGUGAGAUUUUGAGUGAAAACCUCCAUCCAUCAGCAAGGGCAUUGAAGAUGAAACGUGGCUGGGUCUUUCAGCAUGACAAUGAUCCCAAACACACCGCCCGGGCAACGAAGGAGUGGCUUCGUAAGAAGCAUUUCAAGGUCCUGGAGUGGCCUAGCCAGUCUCCAGAUCUCAACCCCAUAGAAAAUAUUUGGAGGGAGUUGAAAGUCCGUGUUGCCCAGCGACAGCCCCAAAACAUCACUGCUCUAGAGGAGAUCUGCAUGGAGGAAUGGGCCCAAAAUACCAGCAACAGUGUGUGAAAACCUUGUGAAGACUUACAGAAAACGUUUGACCUGUGUCAUUGCCAACAAAGGCUAUAUAACAAAGUAUUGAGAAACUUUGGUAUUGACCAAAUACUUAUUUUCCACCAUAAUUUGCAAAUAAAUUCAUAAAAAAUCCUACAAUGUGAUUUUCUGGAUAUUUUUUUCUCAUUUUGUCUGUCAUAGUUGACGUGUACCUAUGAUGAAAAUUAUAGGCCUCUCAUCUUUUUAAGUGGGAGAACUUGCACAAUUGGUGGCUGACUAAAUACUUUUUUUCCCCACUGUAUGUGCUUUCUUGAGCAGGGGGACUUUGCGGGCACUCACGGCGUAGUGUGUUACCAAUUGUUUUCUUGGUGACUAUGGUCCCAGCUGCCUUGAGAUCAUUGACAAGAUCCUCCCGUGUAGUUCUGGGCUGAUUCCUCACCGUUCUCAUGAUCAUUGCAACUCCACGAGGUGAGAUCUUGCAUGGAGCCCCAGGCCGAGGGAGAUUGACAGUUAUUUUGUGUUUCUUCCAUUUGCGAAUAAUCGCACCAACUGUUGUCACCUUCUCACCAAGCUGCUUGGCGAUGGUCUUGUAGCCCAUUCCAGCCUUGUGUAGGUCUACAAUCUUGUCCCUGACAUCCUUGGAGAGCUCUUUGGUCUUGGCCAUGGUGGAGAGUUUGGAAUCUGAUUGAUUGAUUGCUUCUGUGGACAGGUGUCUUUUAUACAGGUAACAAGCUGAUAUUAGGAGCACUCCCUUUAAGAGUGUGCUCCUAAUCUCAGCUCGGUACCUGUAUAAAAGACACCUGGGAGACAGAAAUCUUUCUGAUUGAGAGAGGGUCAAAUACCUAUUUCCCUCAUUAAAAUGCAAAACAAUUCAUAACAUUUUUUAUAUGUGUUUUUCUGGAUAUUUUUGUUGUUUUUCUGUCUCUCACUGUUCAAAUAAACCUACCAUUAAAAUUAUAGACUGAUCUUUUCUUUGUCAGUGGGCAAACGUACAAAAUCAGCAGGGGAUCAAAUACUUUUUUCCCUCACUGUAACAUCAAACGUACAAAUUAAUUAAGAGCAAUAUUGCACAUCCCCGGGUCUCUGAACCUUGCACAUAAUGUUGUUGCACAACUGUAUAAUUCAAUAUCUGUGAUUCCUGUACCUUGCACAAGCCUUUUGUUUUACACAGUUACAUGAGUGCAAUUACAUUACGUGACUAUACAUGAGUCACUUAUGAGUGACUUUGCUGUCAUGAUCGUGUUGUGACAGGUUGCUAAAUGGAUUUUGAAUGCACUUUGAUUUAUGGUGACAUGUUACAAAGCGCAGAGUACUGUGCCACCCAGUAGGCUACAUCUGUCUGAGUACUGAGUGUUGCCUCCCUCACUCUAUAUGCAUUUGGAGGCAGGCAGGCCAAUGGAAGUAAUGGGGGGGAUGCUGACAUAGUGAGCUCACUGCAGGGAUUGGGGACUGUUGUGCAGGGGGCGUCAAAUUAUGUUCCCUCCCAAAUACUGUUCCCUUCCUCCCUCUCUCUCUGUCUCCAGGUUUUGGGGGUUGUGUUGUGAUUGUGUACUGUAUUAAAUACUGUUCCCUUCUCCUCUCCCUCCCUCUCUCCCUCCAGGUUUAGGGGGUUGUGUAGACAUCCUCGUGGACGGGGUGAGGUUGCUGAAUAAGAUCGGCCUGCCACCCACAGACCAGCCUCUCCAUCAUGACUACAUAGAGAACGCUGAUCAGCUGGCACAGAGCUUCGCUUACUUCUUCGUCCCUGGAGCCGCUGCAGAGUGAGUGGCCAUGCCCUAAAUGGUGUUAAAUAACUGAAGGACAAAGUUAGAAGGCAAAGGCGUUUAGUUUCACACACGCGUGUUCCUAAGAGAGCAGGGGGGAUAUUUCUAGCUGAGGAGCAACAUGGUGGUAGUGGGGUACACACACACACACACACACAUACAUACACACACACACACACACACACACACACACACACACACACACACACACACACACACACCACACUCACACUCACACCACACUCACACUCACACCACACUCACACCACACUCACACUCACACUCACACACACACACACACUCAGAGUCAAGGUCCUGGUGGACUAAGGCAUUAAUAAUAAUUAAUCAUCUAACUCGGUUCCUCUCACACCCUCUCAUAUCAACAACCUUUGGCUUGGACUCCAGUUAUCAUCCGUUUUUGUUUAAAGGGGCAGUCUGCAGUUGCUACAUUAAUGAUAUAUACAGUGCGUUCAGAAAAUAUUACAUUUAGAAUUUUUGUCACUGGCCUACACACAAUACCCCAUAAUGUCAUAGUGGAAUUAUGUAUUUAGAAAUGUUUACAAAUGAAUUAAAAAUGAAAUACUGAAAUGUCUUGAGUCUAAGUAUUCAACCCCUUUGUUAUGGCAAGCCUAAAUAAGUUCAGGAGUAAGAAUUUGCUUAAAAGUUGCAUGGACUUGUGCAAUAAUAGUGUUUAACAUGAUUUUUGAAUGACUACCUCAUCUCUGUACCCCACACAUACAAUUAUCUGUAAGGUCCCUCAGUCGAGCAGUGAAUUUCAAACCACAAAGACCAGGGAGGUUUACAAUGCCACGCAAAGAAGAGCACCUAUUGGUACAUGGAUAAAAAAUAAAAGACAGACAUUGAAUAUCCCUUUGAUCAUGGUGAAGUUAUUAAUUACACUUUGGAUGGUGUAUCAAUACACCCAGUCACUACAAAGAUACAGGCGUCGUUCCAAACUGUUGCCAGAGAGGACGGGAACCGCGCAAGGAUUUCACCGUGAGGCCAAUGGUGACUUUAAAACCGUUACAGAGUUUAAUGGCUGUGAUAGGAGAAAACUGAGGAUGGAUCAACAACAUUGUACAAUAAACAAAAAUAUAAACGCAACAUGCAACAAUUUCAAAGGUUUUACUGAGUUACAGUUCAUAUAAGGAAAUCAGUCAAUUGAAAUUAGGCCCUAAUCUAUUGAUUUCACAUGACUGGGAAUACAGCUAUGCAUCUGUUGGUCACAGAUACCUAUUUUUUUUAAAGGUAGGGGUGUGAAUCAGAAAACCAGUCAGUAUGACCACCAUUUUCCUCAUGCAGCGUGACAACUCCUUUACAUAGAGUUGAUCAGGCUGUUGAUUGUGGCCUGUGGAAUGUUGUCCCACUCCUCUUCAAUGGCUGUGCGAAGUUUCUGGAUAUUGUCGGGAACUGGAACACGCUGUCAUACACGUCGAUCCAGAGCAUCCCAAACAUGCUCAAUGGGUGACAUGUCUGGUGAGUAGGCCAUGGAAGAACUGGAACAUCUUCAGCUUCCAGGAAUUGUGUACAGAUCCUUGCGACAUGGGGCUGUGCAUUACUAUGCUGAAACAUGAGGUGAUGGUGGCGGAUGAGUGGCAUGACAAUGGGCCUCAGGAUCUCGUCACGGUAUCUCUGUGCAUUCAAAUUGCCAUCGAUAAAAUGCAAUUGUGUUGGUUGUCCGUAGCUUAUGCAUGCCCAUACCACCGCCAUCAUGGGGCACCAUACACGCUGUCUGCCAUCUGCCCGGUACAGUUGAAACCGGGAUUCAUCCGUGAAAAGCACACUUCUCCAGUGUGCCAGUCACCAUCGAAGUUAAGCAUUUGCCCGCUGAAGUCAUUUAUGAUGCUGAACUGCCGUCAGGUCAAGACCCUGGUGAGGACACGGAUGAGCUUCCCUGAGACGGUUUCAGACACUUUUUGCAGAAAUUAUUUGGUUGUGCAAACCCACAGUUUCAUCAGUUGUCCGGGUGGCUGGUGUCAUAUGGUCCUGGGCUGGCGUGGUUACACUUGGUCUGCGGUUGUGAGGCCGGUUGGACGUACUGCCAAAUUCUCUAAAACGACGUUGGAGGAGGCUUAUGGUAGAGAAAUUAACAUGACAUUCUCUGGCAACAGCUCUGGUGGACAUUCCUGCAGUCAGCAUGCCAAUUGCACACUCCCUCAACUUGAGAUCAGUGGCAUUGUGUUGUGACAACUGCACAUUUUAGAGUGCCCUGUUAUUGUCCCCACCACAAGGUGCACCUGUGUAAUGAUCAUGCUGUUUAAUCAGCUUCUUGAUAUUUCACAUCUGUCUGGUGGAUGGAUUAUCUUGGCAAAUGAGAAAUGCUCACUAACCGGGAUAUAAACAAAUUUGUGCACAAAAUUUGAGAUAAAUAAGCUUUUGCGUAUGAAAAAUAUGUGAAAUGUUAUUUCAGCUCAUGAAAUAUGGGACCAACACUUUUACAUGUUGUGUUCUAAAAUGGAUUAACUUGUUUUUUUCGCUCAUCAAUCUACACACAAUACCUCACAAUGACAAAGCGAAAACAGGUUUUUCAAAAAUGUUGCUAAUUUAUUAAAAAUUAAAAACAGAAAUACCUUAUUUACAUAAGUGUUCAGACCCUUUGCUAUGAGACUUGAAAUUGAGCUCAGGUGCAUCCUGUUUCCAUUGAUCGUACUUGAGAUGUUUCAACAACUUGAUUGGAGUCCACCUUUGGUAAAUUCAAUUGAUUGGACAUGAUUUGAAAAGGGACACACCUGUCUAUAUAAGGUCCCACAGUUAACAGUGCAUGUCAGAGCAAAAACCAAGCCAUGAGGUCGAAGGAAUUGUCCGUAGAACUCAGAGACAGGAUUGUGUCGAGGCACAGAUCUGGGGAAGGGUACAAUUCUUUUUUUGCAGCAUUGAAGGUCCCCAAGAACAAAGUGGCCUCAGUCAUUCUUAAAUGAAAGAAGUUUGGAACCACCAAGACCCUUCCUAGAGCUGGCCGCCUGGCCAAACUGAGCAAUCAGGGAGAUGACCAAGAACCCGAUGGUCACUCUGACAGAGCUCCAGAGUUCCUCUGUGGAGAUGGGAGAACAUUCCAGAUGGACAACCAUCUCUGCAACACUCCACCAAUCAGGCCUUUAUGUUAGAAUGGCCAGACGGAAGCCACUCCUCAGUAAAAGGCACAUGACAGCCCGCUUGGAGUUUGCCUAAAGGCACCUAAAGGACUCUGACCAUUAGAAACAAGAUUCUCUAAUCUGAUGAAACCAAAGAUUGAACUCUUUGGCCUGAAUGCCAAGCGUCACGUCUGGAGGAAACCAGGCACCAUCUAUCACGUUUCAGGAGAAGACCCAGAUGCAGACAGUGUCGAAGUAACAAAAGUUUAUUGCAAAAACGGGGCAGGCAAACGACAGGUCAAGGGCAGGCAGAGGUCAGUAAUCCAGAUCAGAGUCCAAAAGGUAUAGAACGGCAAGGCAGUCUCAGGGUCAGGGCAGGCAGAGUUCAAUAAUCCAGGGUGGUGUGACAAGUUACAGAACGGCAGCGCAGGCAGAAUAGUCAAAACCGGGAAAACGAGAAUACAGGAACAUGAAAAAGACAGGAGCAAGGAGAAAAACACUGGUAGGCUUGAAGAAACAAAACGAACUGGCAACAGACAAACAGAGAGCACAGGUAUAAAUACACUGGGGAUAAUGGGGAAGAUGGGCGACACCUGGAGGGGGGUGGAGACAAUCACAAAGACAGGUGAAACAGAUCAGGCUGUGACACCAUCCCUACGGUGAAGCGUGGUGGUGGCAGUAUCAUGCUGUGGGGAUGUUUUUAGUGGCAGGGACUGGGAGACUAGUCAGGAUCGAGGGAAAGAUGAACGGAGCAAAGUACAGAGAUCCUUGAUGAAAACCUGCUCCAGAGCGCUCAGGACCUCAGACUGGGGUGAAGGUUCACCUUCCAACAGGAUGAUGACCCUAAGCACACAGCCAAGACAACGCAGGAGUGGCUUCUGGACAAGUCUCUGAAUGUCCUUGAGUGGCCCAGCCAGAGCCCGGACUUGAACCCGAUCAAACAUCUCUGGAGAGACCUGAAAAUAGCUGUGCAGCAACGCUCCCCAUCCAACCUGACAGAGCUUGAGAGGAUCUGCAGAGAAGAACGGGAGAAACUCCCCAAAUACAGGUGUGCCAAGCUUGUAGUGUCAUACCCAAGAAGACUCUAGGCUGUAAUCGCUGCCAAAGGUGCGUCAACAAAGUACUGAGUAAAGCGUCUGAAUACUUAUGUAAAUGCAAUAUUUCUGUUUUAGUUUUUUUUAUAAACUAGCAACAUUUAUAAAAACCUGUUUUUGCUUUGUCAUUAUGGGGUAUUGUGUGUAGAUUGUUGAGGGGAAAAAACGAUUUAAUCCAUUUUAGAAUAAGGCUGCAACGUAACAAUGUGGAAUAAGUCAAGGGGUCUGAAUACUUUCCGAAUGCACUGUACUGGUGGCUGCAUCUUGUUAUGGGUAUGCUUGUAAUCGUUAAGGACUUAGUUUUUCAGGAUAAAAAUGGAAUGGAGCUAAGCACAGGCAAAAUCCUAGAGGAAAACCUGGUUCAGCCUGCUUCACAUAAAAAACGGGGAGAUUUUCAGCAGGACAAUAACCUAAAACACAUGAGUUGCUUACCAAGAAGACAGUCAAUGUUCCUAUAUGGCCGAGUUGUUACAGUUUUGACUUAAAUCUACUUGGAAAUCUAUGGCAAGACUUGAAAAUGGCUGUCUAGCAAUGCUCAACUACCAAUUUGACAGAGUUUGAAGAAUUUAGAAAAGAAUAAUGGGCAAAUUUUGCACAAUCCAGGUGUGGAAAGCUCUUAGAGACUUACCCAGAAAGACUCACAGCUGUAAUCACUGCCAAAGGUGCUUCUACAAAGUAUUGACUCAGGGGUGUGAAUACUUAUGUAAAUUAAUAUUUCUGUGUUUUCAUUUUCAAAAAAUGAGCUACAAUUUCAAAAUACAUGUUUUCACUUUGUCAUUAUGGGGUAUUGUGUGUAGAUGGGUGAGAUUCUUAUUUUAUUUUAAUCCAUUUUGAAUUCAGGCUGUAACACAACAAAAUGUGGAAUAAUUCAAGUGGUAUGAAUACUUUCUGAAGGCACUGUAACCAAUGAAGAAUAACUUAUAAAUGCCUCAUGAGCUUAGUUCAAUGGUCACAUGUCAUCAGAACCCAAAAUAUAUGCCCGUUUUACUUCAAUGUUUUGUAAACAUUAUAAAUGUAAACAAACACUGUUUUGCCUCAAAACAUGGUUAAAACGAUAAUUUUGAUUUCAUGGAUUGUCAGUCCUUGCAUCCAUAGCUCAGUCAAAGAAUUUGAGAGCAGUUAGGCCUACAUUUCUCCAGGCCCAUCCCUCAGAUGUUUACCAAAAGAGGCAGGGUGAGCAGUUUAUUGUUUCAACUGCGGAUUGGCCCAACAAGUAGCUAGCUAUCUAGCGUAGCUCUGUGCUCAGUGUGUGGAACUAAGUUGUAAUGAAAACAGUCUGGGUUCCUUUCUCACCAUGGAGCUGUCUAUCUGUCUAUACUGAUGCACGGUGGCUUGAUGAUACCAGGGUUGGGGGUCACUUCGAAUUAGUCAGUCAAUUCAGGAAGUGAACUGAAAUUCCAAUUCAAUAAUGUAAUAAAUCGCGUUUUCAAUGAUUUCUCAAUCAACUGAAAAUGAGAAGCUAUUUAUUUAAAAUGUUUUUCAAGUUUUUAGUUUUUUAAAUUAAAAUCACUUCCUGAAUUGGGUGACUUCAACUCAAAUUGACCCCAACCCUGGUUGAUACUAAUAUGUAGAGCAGAGAAAGGCCCAGAGUCACAUAGACAGACAGGUGCUGCCUGGGCUCUACUAACCGUAAUCAAACUCUAAUCUACCUGACGCUGUGGCUCAUCCUGUAGGUUAAUCUGAUUAUACUGAGGCCAAGUGUGCGUCACACACACACACACUUCUAGAACGUUUCUGGGUAUGGUUUUGUAAUGCUUUAUAAGCAGUGACGUUUCUACCUUCUAACCCUCCCUUCUUUUUCUGGUACCUCCCUCUCCCACCUCUCCUUUCUUCCUCUCAGGCGGUUUGUGAUGAACAACACCCUGUUCAGUCAGCUGGUCGAGGCAUCUCGUGAGUUGCCUGGCAACCGCUGGUCUAUAGGUGGCAACGCCCCAGUGAUGGCUGGUCGAAUGGCAACUGAGGGCUGCGACGUGUUGCUAGGGGGGAGCUUCAGCCCUGACUUUGCGGAUGUACUGUCCCAGCACAUCACGGGUACACACACACACACACACACACACACACACACACACACACACACACACACACACUCAUCACAGUUACAUACUUAAUAUCUCCCUCCUUGAUUCCAUACCCCACCUCUCACCCCUCUCUCUGUCUGUCCAGUUGCAGGUAAUGUCGUGGAGGAGCCUGAUAUCCAUCUGAUCCUGGAGUACCCAUCAGGAGCCACCUGGGGCCAGUACACCGCCCGCAGGGCCAACAGGUGUGUGUGUGCCCAACAGGUGUGUGUGUGCGUAUCUACAGUGGGGGAAAAAAGUAUUUAGUCAGCCACCAAUUGUGCAAGUUCUCCCACUUAAAAAGAUGAGAGAGGCCUGUAAUUUCCAUCAUAGGUACACGUCAACUAUGACAGACAAAAUGAGAAGAAAAAAAAACAGAAAAUCACAUUGUAGGAUUUUUUAUGAAUUUAUUUGCUAAUUAUGGUGGAAAAUAAGUAUUUGGUCAAUAACAAAAGUUUCUCAAUACUUUGUUAUAUACCCUUUGUUGGCAAUGACACAGGUCAAACGUUUUCUGUAAGUCUUCACAAGGUUUUCACACACUGUUGCUGGUAUUUUGGCCCAUUCCUCCAUGCAGAUCUCCUCUAGAGCAGUGAUGUUUUGGGGCUGUCGCUGGGCAACACGGACUUUCAACUCCCUCCAAAGAUUUUCUAUGGGGUUGAGAUCUGGAGACUGGCUAGGCCACUCCAGGACCUUGAAAUGUUUCUUACGAAGCCACUCCUUCGUUGCCCGGGCGGUGUGUUUGGGAUCAUUGUCAUGCUGAAAGACCCAGCCACGUUUCAUCUUCAAUGCCCUUGCUGAUGGAAGGAGGUUUUCACUCAAAAUCUCACGAUACAUGGCCCCAUUCAUUAUUUCCUUUACACGGAUCAGUCGUCCUGGUCCCUUUGCAGAAAAACAGAUCCCAAAGCAUGAUGUUUCCACCCCCAUGCUUCACAGUAGGUAUGGUGUUCUUUGGAUGCAACUCAGCAUUCUUUGUCCUCCAAACACGACGAGUUGAGUUUUUACCAAAAAGUUCUAUUUUGGUUUCAUCUGACCAUAUGACAUUCUCCCAAUCCUCUUCUGGAUCAUCCAAAUGCACUCUAGCAAACUUCAGACGGGCCUGGACAUGUACUGGCUUAAGCAGGGGGACACGUCUGGCACUGCAGGAUUUGAGUCCCUGGCAGCAUAGUGUGUUACUGAUGGUAGGCUUUGUUACUUUGGUCCCAGCUCUCUGCAGGUCAUUCACUAGGUCCCCCCGUGUGGUUCUGGGAUUUUUGCUCACCGUUCUUGUGAUCAUUUUGACCCCACGGGGUGAGAUCUUGCGUGGAGCCCCAGAUCGAGGGAGAUUAUCAGUGGUCUUGUAUGUCUUCCAUUUCCUAAUAAUUGCUCCCACAGUUGAUUUCUUCAAACCAAGCUGCUUACCUAUUGCAGAUUCAGUCUUCCCAGCCUGGUGCAGGUCUACAAUUUUGUUUCUGGUGUCCUUUGACAGCUCUUUGGUCUUGGCCAUAGUGGAGUUUGGAGUGUGACUGUUUGAGGUUGUGGACAGGUGUCUUUUAUACUGAUAACAAGUUCAAACAGGUGCCAUUAAUACAGGUAACGAGUGGAGGACAGAGGAGCCUCUUAAAGAAGAAGUUACAGGUCUGUGAGAGCCAGAAAUCUUGCUUGUUUGUAGGUGACCAAAUACUUAUUUUCCACCAUAAUUUGCAAAUAAAUUCAUUAAAAAUCCUAAAAUGUGAUUUUCUGGAAAAAAAAAUCUAAAUUUGUCUGUCAUAGUUGACAUGUACCUAUGAUGAAAAUUACAGGCCUCUCUCAUCUUUUUAGGUGGGAGAACUUGUACAAUUGGUGGCUGACUAAAUACUUUUUUCCCCACUGUAUUUGUGUACCUACUAGUGAUGCAUGGUAUACUGGCACCAUGGUAAUAUCACGGUACCAAAACGUCAUGAUACUUAUGAUACCAACAUUUUAGAAUACAUACCCUUACAAAAAAAGAUUGCAGUUCUGAAAGUGCAGUAACUGCAGUUGACUGUGGUAUGUUGGACACAGUAAUUGCAGAAUAACUGCAGUGUAAUGCAGUUGACCUGCAGUUACACUGCAACAUUACUGCUGUAAGAAAAACUGUUGUUUUGGACGCUGUAUUUGCAGCAUACUGCAGUUAUACUGCACACUAACUACAGUGUGCUGCAGUUAUACUGUAUUCUGACUGCAUUUCAUUUUUUUUCCCGUAAGGGUAGUACCAUUUCAUAUGAUACUGCCAACUUUUUCUGCCCUACUAAUCUAAAGAACCUGCUGGCGCCUGUUAUAAAAUGUUUAUAAAGUCAGUUGAAUUUAAGUAUCAGCCACUAGGCUCUUGUAUGCGCAGGUCCAAUAAUAUCCACUUCACUUUCAUGUGCACAUCACAUGGCAGCUGUAAUCAGCCAGCCACAUCCCCUACCAGCCCUCACUCACCUGCUUCUCUCCGUCCGCUCUUCAUGCGCGUCUAUUCCUCCGUCAGUAAAAAAAAAUUACAAAAUGUACCUGUGAUAGCGAGCAGGGAUGCAGACCGAGACCCUGAUGAGUCUUCUGUUGUUAGAUUUGUACAUUUGUUACACUGGAGCAGCGCGCAAAGCGAGCAAUGUUGAUACAUUGUAUAAUUUCAUCGCUGUUAUAACCAAGAGCCAGGCCCGGUGGCAGGAUUAAAUCGGCAAAGGGGCAUCAGAAAUGACUAAGGGGGCACUACUAUUUCCGCUUGCUGAUAACACAGGAUGGAUAAUAAUCGAUAGUACAAUUACACACAAUGUAUUUGCAGCCACGCACGGCUGUCUUGCCGCAAGAAUACAGGCUACUGCAUCGCUUUACAAACAUGGACAAUUCAUAACCGGCUUGAGAAAUUGCAAGUUAUGACAACGCUACACAGCUACAUGCACAAUACCCAUCGAUCCAAUGCACAGUUGCUAAUUAACGUAAUAACACUUCCUCAUGCCAAUACGAUGCAUUUCCAAUCGCGGAAAGCAAACAUUAAUGUACAAUGCACUACCAGGACUUAUUGGUACAAUGGACGCAGCUACCAAGCUGUCUUCUCACAAGAGUGCCGUACUACGCUGCGUAUGAUAACAGAGAAAUUUGUAUUCCAUAGCAACGAGUUGUUUAUAGCAACACUAUAGCUACAUUGUUACUCAACCAUUGGUCAAGGUCUGCCCACCCUCAUCAAUGUAAUGCAAAGCACCUCUUCUACAUUAUAAAACAACAUUAAAAACAAUCCGAUUAUAUUGUAAACCAAACAUUUCCAAUCCAAUCACAUCACAGAAAUCAAGCAGUAGACUUGGCAGCAACGCCAAUAAAGAAAAUCACGUCUAGGCCUAUUUCUGACAUUUGCCACGCAUUUCCAAAAGCUAGCAAAUAACAAAAUAGUACAAGCCCAGCCAGGCUGCCUGUUCUUACCCAGAUUCAAAAGAGUUGCAGCCGCCUUUGCUGUGUUGAACCACCUCAGCAGUCUCUUGUUCCACUCCCCACGGAAUUUGCUUGUAAGAUCUCCUCUCAAAUGCCAGUUGAAUCAGCUGUGCUUUCCUCCUGUGCAACAUGCUCCGUCUGUGCUCACUGAAUACGUUUUUCAAUGUUGAAAAAGAGUUCUCGCAAGUUGCCGUGGAUGCUCCAAAUGUUAAUCCCAGCUUCAAUGCCAUCACAGUAGACAUUGCUGUUAGAGGCCCAGAGUAUCUAUCCAAAAUGCUCUGCGUUGUCCAUUGUUCUUCUCCAGAUUGGGCGAUUUCAGUCUGUAGAAACUGAGGUGCGACAGUAAACUCAGUUUCCACAAAAUCUCCUGAGAUUAAGUCCAGCAGUGGUUUCACUUUUUCCACAUCCUUAAAGGUUUCAUUCUCUGGGUGCAAGGCACACAGGGCCUCAACAAGUUGGCUGUUUCGUUUGUUAAAUCUUGCUGACAUUUCUCCCAGUACAGCAUCCAGAGUGCUGAGAAACAGUAUGUUGCACUCCCUCUCAUUAUCCUCUUCUUGCUGGCCAAUUGUUGUUUUGACCACAUAUUCUUUCAGAUUACUACUCACUACUCUUUGCCGUUUGCUUGGAGCGGGGGUGUCCAAGUGUGCUUGUAUUUCUCCCAUAACUCAUCAAACUGCAUCUGCCUUGCAGGAAUAUUCCAGUCACUCUCUGCCUUUGAACCACGUGCUACAAAAUGCUAGUUUUCUCCCACAGUACAGGCAGGUUGGGUAUUUCCCCAACAAACCUGCGCUGGCUCCUCAUCACCGAGGUCGUCAGGCACUAACGGAGGCGUCGGUGCUUGUAAUAUACUGGCGGUACUGGUGCUAGGUUCGGUCUUGGCGGCUGCAGGCCCCUCCUCGGGUUGGUUACCUCCUAUGUAACCAGGCUGCAAGACGGUUACGCAGGUGCCUUUGCUGCUGGGCUCGGCGGCCUUGGCCUCGGUUAUUAGCGUCGGCUCAGCGGCCUUGCCUUUGGCCUCUGGGGCAGGCUUCUCCCCCUCCCCGCCGCUUUGAUCCAAUGCUGCCGUUGUGCCCUGGCGAAGACACUUUCUAAUAUCCAUCAUACUAUCAGCUACCUACCUAACUUUUAACAUUAGCUAAAUUCCAUCCAGCUGCGCAGUAAUCUUUUUUUCUUUCGUAGUACGUAACUUUGAACGUUUUUUUCAACCGGUAAAAUGUGUGUGACGUACGUAUGAUGCGUGCAAGGGAGUUGCAUGAAUGAAGCAUACACAACAAAUUGGUUGGGCAUGACGGAGGGGGCAGAUUGUGGGGCAGAAUAGGGAUACAAAACUGAGGUGGCACAAUAUUCCAGCUAAGGGGGCAUUGCCCCUUUUUCCACCCUGGUGGCGCCGGGCAUGCCAAGAGCACAUACCAGUCUGAGUAGACUUUGCAAGUUCAGUGUCAUGCAGCCUCAGAGUGUUAGAGAGAUAAAAUGGAGCACUGCUUCGUGACAGGCAUGCUUGCCGCUUUACAGCAAAGAAAACGACUUGUCUCUAGCCUAAACAGACUCAUAUUAACGUAGGUGCCGUUUCUUUUUUCUAUCGGGAUUUUAUAUAAUUUCACAAACCAUGUUUAAAACGAAUCGCUAAUUAUUGGUUUGAUAACGAACAACGUUGUUUAGUCAUGUUACCUAGCUAGCUAACAUCCUGGUAACUUCACAGUAGGUUUAGGCUCAUCUGAUUGGCCCAGGAAGAAAGGAAAAGGGUAUGCUUCUCAUGAGAUGUGCUUCAAAGGUAGGAUUCAUGUAGGCCUAAUGGAAGACUAAACUAUAUCAAACAUACAUUUCUUUCUGGUGCUCCUUAAAUACUGUUUGGUGUCUAACGUUUUCAAAGUUGUGAGCAGUGUUUGUUUUUGUGGGAGAGAGUGGUGUGUGUUUAUGAGAGUGAGGGAGACAGUGUGUGUGUCUGUUAACUGAAGAGUAAAGAAGGUUUCAUGCAGUGUUUUUCCCUUAUUGACAAUGAUAUGGAGAUCAUUAUGCAGGUAUAUCACAUGAGGUUGGUGGCACCUUAGUUGGGGAGGACGGGCUCGUGGUAAUAGCUGUUGCAGAAUCAGUGGAAUGGUAUCAAACGCAUGGUUUCUAUGUGUUUGAUGCCAUUCCAUUUGCGCCGUUCCAGCUAUUAUUAUGUGCAGUCCUCCCCUCAGCAGCCUCCACUGAUGUAUAUUCCUUCCUCCCAUUCCUCCAACCAAAUUGCAGGUAGGCCUUUGCAAAUCUGAGCAAAUCAGCCAUUCUAUGCAGAAUUCUACUGAACAGUGUGACGUUAAAUUCAAUGUAUUGUAUUGAGUAGAAGUGUGAAUUUCUGUGACAGGUCUUUGGAGAACGUUUAGAAAACAUGAACAAUCGUUCGCGAGACGGGGCGAACAGGAUGUUAGGCCACAGAUUAUUAUUAUACUACUCGGUAUCGUGAUACUUGGCCUGGUAUCGUUUGUAAAAUGUUGGUGUCGUGACAAGCCUAGUACCUACCUCAGACCUGGAAUUUCAUGAUUUUAGGGGCAAGGCCAUUUGGCCAUCAAGAGCUGCCCAAUCUGCCAGGGCACCAAGGCCAUCUGCUAGGACAUCAAGGCCAUUAACCAAAAUAGCCAUUUAAAUUGAUUAGAAAACCGACAAGAGUAUGUCAAAGUACAUAAAUAAUUAUCCUACAUGUCAAAGUGUAGGUGAUAGCCUAUGUGUAUUGGCUACAGUCUGCUGACAUGAGGCGCCUAAAAAUGUAACCAAAGUUUAAUGAGAAUUUUAAUAGGCUAAACGCCAGUCAUGUUUGACAAAUAUGAUGUAGGAUCAUUAUUAAUACACUACAUGACCAAAAGUAUGUGGACACCUGCUCGUCAAACAUCUAAUUCCAAAAUAAUGGGCAUUAAUUAUGGAGUUGGUCCCCCCUUUGCUGCUAUAACAGUCCUCCACGCUUCUGGGAUGUUGGAACAUUGCUGCGGGAACUUGCCUCCAUUCAGCCACAAGAGCAUUAGUGAGGUUGGGCACUGAUGUUGGGCGAUUAAGCCUGGCUUGCAGUCGGCGUUCCAAUUCAUCCCAAAGGUGUUCGAUGGGGUUGAGGUCAGGGCUCUGUGCAGGCCAGUCAAGUUGUUCCACACCGAUCUUGACAAACCAUUUCUGUAUGGACCUCGCUUUGUGCACGGGUGCAUUGUCAUGCUGAAAAAGGAAAGGGCCUUCCCCAAACAAAGUUGGAAGCAGAGUCGUCUAGAAUGUCAUUGUAUGCUGUAGCGUUUAGAUUUCCCUUCACUGGAACUAAGGGGCCUAGCCCGAACCAUGAAAAACAGCCCCAGACCAUUAUUCCUCCUCCACUAAACUUUACAUUUGUCACUAUGCAUUGGGGCAGGUAAUGUUCUCCUGGCAUCCGCCAAACCCAGAUUUGUCCGUCGGACUACCAGAUAGUGAAGCGUGAUUCAUCACUCCAGAGAACGCGCUUCCACUGCUCCAAAGUCCAAUGGCGGCGAGCUUUACACCACACCAGCCGACUCUUGGCAUUUACACCACACCAGCCUACUCUUGGCACAUGGUGAUCUUAGGCUUGUGUGCGGCUGCUCAGCCAUGGAAACCCAUUUCAUGAAGCUCCCAACGAACAGUUACUUGUGCUGACGUUGCUUCCAGAGGCAGUUUGGAGCUCGGUAGUGAGUGUUGCAACCGAAGACGCAUGAUUUUUACACACUACGCGCUUCAGCACUCUUCGGUCCCGUUCUGUGAGCUUGUGUGUCCUACCACUUCGUGGCUGAGCCGUUGUUGCUCCUAGACGUUUCCACUUCACAAUAACAGCACUUACAGUUGACCGAGGCAGCUCUUAGAAGGGCAGAAAUUUGACAAACUGACUUGUUGGAAAGGUGGCCUCCUAUGACGGUGCCACGUUGAAAGUCACUGAGCUCUUCAGUAAGGCCCCUCUACUGCCAAUGUUGGUCUAUGGAGUUUGCAUGGCUGUGUGCACGAUUAUUUUACACCUGUCAUCAACGGGUGUGGCUGGAAUAGCCAAAUCUACUAAUUUGAAGGGGUGUCCACAUACAGUGGGGGGAAAAAAAGUAUUUAGUCAGCCACCUAUUGUGCAAGUUCUCCCACUUAAAAAGAUGAGAGAGGCCUGUAAUUUUCAUCAUAGGUACACAUCAACUAUGACAGACAAAAUGAGAUUUUUUUUUCUACAGAAAAUCACAUUGUAGGAUUUUUUAUGAAUUUAUUUGCAAAUUAUGGUGGAAAAUAAGUAUUUGGUCACCUACAAACAAGCAAGAUUUCUGGCUCUCACAGACCUUUAACUUCUUCUUUAAGAGGCUCCUCUGUCCUCCACUCGUUACCUGUAUUAAUGGCACCUGUUUGAACUUGUUAUCAGUAUAAAAUACACCUGUCCACAACCUCAAACAGUCACACUCCAAACUCCACUAUGGCCAAGACCAAAGAGCUGUCAAAGGACACCAGAAAUAAAAUUGUAGACCUGCACCAGGCUGGGAAGACUGAAUCUGCAAUAGGUAAGCAGCUUGGUUUGAAGAAAUCAACUGUGGGAGCAAUUAUUAGGAAAUGGAAGACAUACAAGACCACUGAUAAUCUCCCUCGAUCUGGGGCUCCACACAAGAUCUCACCCCGUGGGGUCAAAAUGAUCACAAGAACGGUGAGCAAAAAUCCCAGAACCACACGGGGGGACCUAGUGAAUGACCCUGCAGAGAGCGGGGACCAAAGUAGUAACAAACGCCUACCAUCAGUUAACACCAACAUACGCCCGCCAGGGACUCAAAUACUUGCAGUGCCAGAAACGUGUGCCCCCCCCUGCGUAAGCCAGUACAUGUCCAGGCCCGUCUGAAUGAAGUUGGGUAAAAAUUUAAAACUUUCCCUUUGCCAAGAAGGGGGGGAAAAAAACCCCCCAGGGGGGACAUUGGUGGGCGGGGAAAAAAGGGGGCUUUUUUUAAAAAAACCACCCCCCGGCCCCCUUUUUCCCCCCGGCCCCCUUCCCCCCCCCCAAAAAAAAUGAAAACCCCCAAAAACAGGGGAAAUUUUUUUUCCCAACGGGCCCCAAAAAAAAAAAUAAAAAAAAAGGGGGAAAAAAAGAAAAAAAAAAAAAAAAAAAAAAAGGGGGGAAAAGUUUAUGGAAAAUUUUUUUUUUAAAAUUUUGGGGUUUCAAUGUCUGGGGAAAAAAAAGGGGAGUUGUCCAAAGCCCAAUCGGGAAGGCAGGGGGGCAUAUGGGGGGUUUUUUUUGCAAAAACCAAAAUACCUUAAAAAAAAAAGAAGGGGCCAGUAUUUUAAAUUUUAUGAAAAUUUAUGGGGGGUUAGGAAACGUGCGGGCCCUCAAAAACCCCAAAAAAAUUUGGCAAAAAGGUUUUUGAAAAGUUUUAGGUCCUAGUCCACCACCCCAGUUUAACCCCUUGAAAAUUUUUAAAGGGAUUUGAAAGUGGUUCCCCCCCCCCCAAAAACCCUUUUGGGGUUUGGGAAAUUGGGCCCCCCACAACAGGGGGGGCCUUGUGAAAUUAAAGGGGUUUGGGUUCUUAAAACAAAGGGGUUUUAAAAAAGUUUAAAAAAAUUUUUUGGGCCCUUUUUUUAAAAAUUUCAAAUAAAUUCAAAAAACCUCGUUUUUUGAGAAAAAUUUUUUUUUUUAAGGCUUCCAAAAAAUUAGGUCUCUAUUUUUUUGGGGGUUUUUUUCCAACUGGGGGUUUUUUUCCCCCCAGACUUUUAUUUUUUUCUAAACCUGCCGAGGGGGGGGGGCCCGGGCUUUUAAAACCAUCCCCCCAAAGGUGAUCAAAACCCAGGAAAAACCCUGGGGGGGAAACAAGGGCCCCGGGUUUCCCCCCCCCUUUGGCCUCAAAAAAAUUGGGGUUUUUAAACUGAUUCCCCCCUUUUAAAAAAAAAAAAAAUUUUUUCCCAAAAUUUUAGGCAGUUUUUUUAAAAAAAAAAGGGGCCUGUUUGUGAUCAAAACCCAUUUCAAUCGGCGGGGGCAUAAAAAACUUCAAAAAACUUUUGUUAAAACCGGGGGGGGGCGGGGGUGUCUUUUUUUUCCCCGACCAAAUUUUACGGGAAAAAAAAAGAGAAACCAUUUUAAUUUUUUCUCAUUUUUUUUGGCCAGGAAAGCAACCCUAUUUUUCCCCUUUUGUUUGGUUAUGAGUUUCCCUUCCUUUUUCGAAAUUUUCAUUUUGUAAAAAUAAACGGGGCGUUUUUUCCCUUUUUAAAGGGGGUUUCCCGGAAGAAAUUUUUUCCCCCUUACCACUAUUGGGUAGGGGUUUUAAAUUAAAUAUAUAACAAAAAAUAAAUUUUUUUUUUCCAACCCAUUGUUUUUUUAUGAAUUUUAAAAUUUUUGGAAAUUUUAUAUCCCCAAUUUUUCCCAGAGUAUGUUUGGAAUAUUUAUUUCUCGCACAGAACGACAAGCUGACCAAUAGAAUAUGUCAACUUUUGUACUAUGGGGGAUAGUAGAUUGACAUAGGCUAGUGCUUUUGCUGUUCAUUACUCAUCUUGUUGGCUGAGGAAAAGUAAACGUGGACAGUUCUUCUAACAUCUACAAUAUGCGCCUCGGAAUUGGAUAAGAAAUGCGCGUGCCGUUGCAUCCCCGAUGUGUCUGUCUUCACUUGUAGCCUACUUCGGAGCUGCAAUGCCUGUGAGAAGGAUCCGAUCACGUGACGGGCAUUGGCUAAUACGAAUUGAGAUAUCUGAGAGAGCCAUGUGAGUGAGAGGUGCUUCGGAGCACAGCGAUUGGCAGCCGGGAGAAGGGCAUUCAUUAUUAUAUUCAGUCCAAGGGCACAACGGCCACUUUAGCCUCAAGGCAUAGAUUUUUUUUUAGGGGACAUUAUGGCCACACAAGGGUGUUGAUGCCCGAAAAUGUGAGGCCUGAAGUACCUGUAAUAUAGUCCAUUAUGACCAUUGCCCUGUGUCACUGGCCUGUGUUUGUGUGUGUGUGUCCAGGUACAUUGUCCACAGUGAUGACCAUAACCCAUACCUGGCGUCGCUGCAGGACUUUGAGGAUAAGCUGCAGGAGUUCCACCCUGACCUGCUGGUGAUGGGCGGGCUCCAAAUGAUGGACAGCUUCCCCUUCCGACAGGGUGAGAGGAUACUUCGCAGACCUUGUCCGCCACUGAGCUCAGUCUCCAAUAGCCUUGAGUAGGAGUGCUAUUCUAGGAUCAGCUUUAUCUUUUAGAUCAUAAUGAAUAAGAUUACAUGGACAGGUGUGGACCUGAUCCUAGAUCAGCACUCCUACUCUGAGAGGCUUUGUGGAUACUGGCCCGGAGGUGUUUUCAGAGCAGAGCUGGUUCCCAUUGAGUAACAUACUGUUCGUAUUUUAGUGGUUUGUGUUGCUGUGAGGGAGAGGGGAGGGUUGGUUUCCAGUGAUGUGGAGACUGUUGGUAUUAAAGGGGAUUAACCAUGCCUGCCUCUAUAUAGUAGCUCUGUAGCCUCAGACACACAGGCCACUGGCCCUCAGUUGGCGUGGGAAAGCACAUACCGGGAGUGUUUGUGUGUUGGGGUGGAUCCAAUGCUGUGUUAACAGGCCUUUGUUUCUGUCAGACUGGUUGAACUACUUUGGAUAAAUUCUCUCUCUCUCUCUCUCUCUGUCUCUCUGUCUCUCUGUCUCUCUGUCUCUCUGUCUCUCUCUCUCUCUCUCUCUCUCUCUCUCUCUCUCUCUCUCUCUCUCUCUCUCUCUCUUCAGGUGAGCGGAAAACCCUGCUCUCUCGGCUGGGCAAUCUCCUCUCCUCCUCCUCCCCUCGGACGGGCGUCCAUUUUGAGAUGGCCAGCUUUGUGGACGAGGGUCUAAUGGGGGACCUGCUCCUUCUGGUCCUGCCCAAUGCCGACUCCCUGGGGAUGAACGAGCAGGAGCUGCCCAACCUGCUCAGCCUGUUGAGGGGCUCUAACGUCACCGUACUGUCUGACCCCAACCCCCGCGUUGCUACCGUCCUGGACCAGAUGAGGGAGCUCUACCGCCUGGUCAACCAGCGCUACCGCAACGCUAAUGAGGAUAGCGGCGUGGACGCUAAUGCAGCUGCCGCUAAAGGCCGGCCGCUGUCCCGGCUCCACGUGCACACCCUGGCGUUCCAGGCCAUGAUCGUGACGCGCGGCUCCCAGUGGAAGAACACCAUGUCGGCCGUGGCCAAGGCCUCGCUUACAGCCAACCGCCACGUGUGUGGCUCGCCGGACAUCGACCCCAGCAAGGCGCGCCUCAUCAUGGACGAGUCAUUCUCUGUGAGCCGGCAGGAGGGCAGCCAGCGGAUCCCUCUAGAGGAGACCAGGCCCGUCAGCUGCUGGGACGAGGACGACUAUGAGAUCUGUGUGGCGCCCAACCUGGUGUGCACCGAUGUUUACCAGACUGCGGGGGGAGGGGACAACAUCUCUGCCGCAGGACUGGUGCUGCAGAUCUGA